CCUUAUAAACUUGGCAACACUGCAAUAGUAUCUGGGACUAGUGGGCCGGCAGACUGACUGGUGGUAGUAAAGGUAGUGUUGGUGGUGGUGGUUGGCUGGCUGGCUUGGAGAGUCGAGAGUUCAGUUCACCUUGAGACAGUGAGGGGGACAGUCGCUGGUGCUCGCCAUGAGGGGGCCAUUACACGCUAGUCUCUCCCUUAGCGUGUGUUUUGCAAUUUUCACGGUUAUUUCUUUGGGAUUUCCGACUCUACCGCCGCUCACGUGCUCGUUGGAGAGCUCAGCGGGAGAGGGAGAGGGAGAGAGAGAGAGUGUGGCGUGCAGUUUGUCAGUGAGUUAUCACAAAGGAGCGUCCAGUGGGGAAUGCGACACACACCACACAGACACCACCACACUGUCCGCCAACACCACAGAUGAUGAGCAGGACAGCAUCAGUGUAAGGGACAGAUAUUGGAACUCUGCUGCGUCGCUCAUCAAUAUUAACUUCCCUCUUUGGAACACACAGCGGGCCGUGGUGGUGGUGACGGGCAGGCUGGCACGGAGGCUGCACCACGGACGCCAGCGAUGUGUGAUGGUGCGGGUCACAACACCACAGCCAGGCCAGGUCACCCUACACAACCUGACCUUGCCUCAUGGGUCAUAUCAGGUCAAGGUUUUCAAAAGGGUCGACACAGGAGAGCUGGAUGGACUCACUGACUCAACACCAGCAGGAGGAGGAGGAAGAGGAAGGCUAAUUGUCAGAAAACACCAUUUUUUACUGCCCACAAAGAGGCGGAGGGAGAGAAUUCUGGUGAGGAACAGGAGACACAAGAUGGCCACGUCUGGGCUGGAGGGGAGGAAGAAGCCGGGCCUGUCUAACACCGAGCUCAUCCUGCAGAACCUGAGCCAGCUACAGUACAGCACACACCGCAAACACCGCCUAACACAACACAAACACCAGACCUCCCACACAACACCAGCUGGGGUGGAGGGCACGGAAGGAGGCCCCUGUGUUUGCUGCAAAUGUUUCUCCUUCUCUCUCAAUUACAACAACAUGACGGCUGUUUUGACCUUCAACUACAGCCUCACCGAGUCCUGCCAGCCGGCCUGCUCUACGGUGAAUGUGCAGCUGUACCGGGAGGGCCAGAGCCUCUCCACCGCCCAUCAGGACACAGAGAAACCAGGCGACCCACUCAUGGGAUCUGAACGCAUUGGCAGAGACAAGAAUGUGACACAGGGUCCCAUCCAGUACAGCAACAUUGACACGGGCUGCUACUAUGUUGAGCUGAAGCCACACCUGUACCCUCUGCCGGAGAGAACCAUGCCUCUGUGUGUGGCGCCGCUCAUCAACGUCACAGACAUGGAGGCAUGGGACCCUUACUUCUCCCUGGAGCCAAACCCUCACAGGCAGUCCCUCACAGUGCGGUGGAUGGUUGGCGAGCAGUUCAACUUUUCCUCGUACGACCUGACCCUCCACCACCAUCCCUCGCUGCACAUCAACUGCACCGGCACAGCCAUCUUCCCCAACAUGUCCAUCAUUCCACAGAACAGGCUGGAAGUGAGGCAGUCAGUGUACACGUUCCACAACCUGAGCAGUGGGUGGUACUGUGCGCGGGUCACUCCACUGGACGACCGCUGUCCCCUUGACGGCUGCCAUGUUGUGUCCAGCCCUGCCCAGUUCCUCUUAGAGCCAGCGGAUUGGAAGUGUGAGGCAGAAGAGGAGUGCGAUGACAAGGGUGGAUUGGGUCUCACUCUCCUGGUGGUGGGGUGUGUGGUGGGUGCGGUAGUGACUGGCGUGACUCUGGCCUGGGCAAUACUUUACACCUGGCCAUCUAUCACACAGGUGUUCAGCUCUGCAACACACUAUUCACCAGUUCCCAUCAGGUCCAGCGUGCACAAAGGUGGUGGACACAGGAGGCAAGUGGUGUUGCUGGUGUGGACGCCUCAGGACCCUCACAGUGCUAAGUUUGUCUCCAUCAUCACUGCCUUCAAGACUCUGCUGAGAACUUAUGGCCAUUGUGAGGUGUAUGAUUACCUGGAGCUGUCUUCGUUACCUGAGAGGCAGCAGCUUCACCUGUUGGCUUCACCCACCACCUGGCUAGACUCCAUCCUGGCGCAGCACUCCAUCAAGAUCAUCAUGGUAGCAUCGGAGGGGGCUUGGCAGAGACAGUUGGAGUGGAAGCAGCCAGACUCAGGGAUGCAGAAGGCAAGUGUGAGUCUGCUGUCCACUUCUCACAACGCCCUGGACCAGCUACUCUUCCCAUACCUCCUGAGACGCCUCCACGACCAGCCUGAUCUUGCCGGUGACUACUCCAGGCUCUUCCAUGUCAGGUUCUCCGAGGUGAGCCACAGCGCGGUGGAGCUCAGCAAUCUUGUGUCCUGGAAAAGAUUCAAGAUUCCCGAGCACAUUAGAAGUCUUGCUGUCUCUCUACAUGGAGGUGUGGCGGCGUCAGCGUUUGAGGAGCCCAGUGAAGAGCAGCUAAGGGACCUCCAGGCAGCACUGUCCGCCCACCCUCAGCACUGCAGCCACCUCACCAAUGGCACCACACUCCCCUGGCCCACUGCCGUCACCUGUAAUGGCAACUCUGCACUGGGCAACGGCACUGCCAGAACGUGAGGAGUGGCAGUGUGUGGUGAUGUCUUGGUGUCUUGGGCAUUGAGGUCUUGUAGGAUGUCUUGCCUGUAGGAGAAGAUGAUGGUGAUUAUUACUAUUAUUAUCUUUUAAAUAGUUUUUCCCCUCUUGUCUGUAACAGAUGUGUUUUGGUGUUUCUUUUACUUUUUAACAAGAGGCAACAAAGCUAUCUAGGGCAACUAAAGGCUGAUUACAAACAAGGCUCUGUAAAGAUGCCGAGUCCCUGUAGAAUUGAGUCAAAAGAGAAGUGUCUUGAUGCUUUGCUCAUGAAGGGGUUAAG